CCUGUGCAGCUCAUCUGGGACUCUCUGGGAUGCUGUAGACCUUCCUCCUCCUCCUCCUCCUCCUCCUCCCUCUCCUCGGCUCGGACGCGCCCUCCCUUUCAGCGGAGGGGAGCGCACUGUGGAUGCUUUAACACUGGAGCACAGAGCUGCACCAAGGACAGGAGGGAAACACUGACCAGCGUCGAGGAGCGGGACAUUGGACUGCCGCUUUAAAACAAACAAACAACAACAAAAAAAAACAAACUUUGGAAUUCCGGUGCAAACCUGAAACUCGAAAAGGUCGGAGGACAGAUCGUCGGGUCACCAUGGCAUCUCUGAUGAACUCUGCGUGUCUCCUCUUCCUGCCUGUUGCUCUGCUUCUGAUGCUGAGCCCGUGCCCUGUGGCUGCAGCUUCAGCCAGAAGGUGUCACUCCAUCUAUAAAGGUUUCGCUCAGUGUCUGAUGGCUCUGGGCGACAGUCUGACAGACAGUGCCCGCAAGGACGAGGACAUGCACGAGAUACAUUCCAUCUGCAGGUCGUGGGAUGAGUUCCAUGACUGUGCUAAUGUGGCAAUGGCUGGCUGUCCAGAGGAAGCAGCAGCUGUCUGGGAGUCUCUCCGCCAAGAAUCCAAAAAGAUGCAGUUCUCUGGAAACCUCUAUGACAUGUGUUCCAACCGCAACAGCCACCCAGUAGCCUCAGUCUCCCCACACGGUUCACCAAACGAGGAAGAGAUCAACCAGGAGUCUCUACGAGGCUGCGCCUAUCAUCUGGCAGGCUGCCUCCACUUUCUUGUGCUACUGUCUCCUCUGCUGCUGUUGUUGUUUUGGAUAUAACUACCCCAAAUAAAUGGGACUAAUGUGAAUAGAUAUAAACUUUGUGUAUUUUUCCCUCUACAAGCCCAUAGACUUUCCACUGUUUUUUCCUCUGCUCUGCCAGAGGGUGAAUACUUCUAACUGCAUGUUCAGAGGCCCGACAGUCUUUUUGAUAAUGUAUCUUUAAACUGCCUGUGCCGUUUCAUGCAUAUUCUCUGCCUUUAAAUUAGUCUCUCUGUUGGAAACACACACAUUCAUACAGAGCUACACAACCACUGUACAAACAGGCCUGAAAACACAUGCAUAGUUAAACAGAUGCAAACAGCAGCCACAUGUCAUCUGUCCGUUAGCUCCUAUCCCCUUACAUCUACUUAGUAUAAGCUUGUAUAAGACGGUUCCAGGGGGAGUUUGUCUUCCUCGGAGUAAUAAUAGAAAUAUAACAACAAGGCCUGACUUAAUAAACCUGAAACUAUGUGAUGAAGAGCCCAGAUACCAGGACUAGU